UUACAAUAUUAUGCUUCAAAUUCUAAUUCUUACAUUCAUUUCAUUAGCAAAACAAACAACUACAUAAUUUAAUUUUACAUAGUUUGAUGAUCCUAUCAAACUCAAACAAAUCUAUUAUCUAACCAAAUUCCUUGAUCUAUAAAAAUCUCUUAAUCUAACCUAAUAAUAAGCAUAAUAGAAUGCUAAUUUUGCUUUAGAACUAUGGGUUAACACAGAAAAUAUACUUAAUUAGACAACACAAUAAUCCAAUAACAAUUCUAUCCUAAACAUUAUCGAUAAUUAAUAAUUACAAUCAAUUAUUCCAUAAGAUCAAGAAGAAUUGCAAGAAACCUAACAAUAUCUUCAACUAUGGCAAAAUUAAACUGAUGUAUUACCUAAUCUAUCAAUUUAUAGGAUGAUAAAAGCAUAAUCUUACAGUAUGUCAUUCAAAACAUUAAUUCAAUGAUUGAUUCUGAUGAUCCUACCAACUACAAUUCCACAACUUUAAUUGAAGAAAUCUCCAAUCAAACAUACAUCUUGGAUCAAAAUUAGAAAAAUAUCAAUAAUACCGAAUAUAUUUCCCCUUUAACUUGGUAACAUGUUAAUGUUAGUAAAGAAGAAAUGGCAGUGGCAAAUUUUUUUUAUAAUGCCAAAAAUGAAAAUUUAACAGUUUAAGAACAAUAUUCAAAGUUGUCUCCUUUAGAAGCUGCUGAACUUAUUAGUGCUUUUGAAAAAUUCUUUGUCACUUCUGUUUAAAAUAUUAAUACUAAUACAAAUUCCUCCACUAUUAAUUCAAAAGGAGAAUAACCUCAUGAAAAACCUGAUGAACUCCCUUUUCCUCAAUCAAAGAAUAAUAAUGAGGAUCCCAUAUAUAUGUACAUAGUGUUUGGUUUGAUGUUCUUGAUGUUGACUGCUAUUUUAUAUCUUUUAAGAAGAUAUUUAAUAUAGUAGAAACUAAUAUCAUUCUAAAUGAAUGAGGAAUCAAAUGUUUAAGGAUUCCAGGCAUGA